AUGGUUGAUUAUAAUAGGAGAGGACAACUUAUAAAGGAUUCAGGAGGGUUAUUAGGUUCCUGGUUAGGUUCCUUGAGCUGCGAUCUAAACAUCUUACCAAUUAACUACACUGAUUGGAGGAAAGUUCCUGCAUACAGGAAGGAUAUGGCCUGGAAAGUGAUUCAGAAAAAGUUUUGGUUUGAUAAUCCUAUUAAAAGGAGAAAAUAUGUGAUAUCAACUUUAGGAGCGAGAUGUAAAGACUUGAAGCGACGUCUGUGGAAGAAGUAUAGGAGAAAUACGCAUUUUGGUCAUGAGCAUUCAGGACGUGUUCGAUUCAUAGGCCAUGGUCCAACGCCGUCUAAAUACUUCUCAAGUUUGGACUCUACAUCAGUUAACAUGGAGAUGGUUGAGUUUAAGUUAUUAGUGAAGAGUUUCGUUGGCAAAGUUGAUAUUGUUGCAAGUGCUCUUCAAGUUUUGAUUGAAUCCAGAUGCAAAUUUCAAGUGUCUGAGACAGAUGAAAACAAGCUUGACAUUCUUAAGCAAGCUCAGAACAUAUCUAAGACGAUAGUGAACUUGUGUAUCAAUUCAAGAGGAGGUACAUGUUUCCUGUCUUCAAAGGAUGCUUCUAAAGAUGCUCACACGGGUGAGUAUAUCUUCCAAUACAUUGACAAAUGUAUUGAGGAAAUAGGAGCUGAUAAGGUGGUUCAAGCCGUGAUAGAUAAUGCCACCAAUAACGUUUCAGCUACAAGAUUGCUUAGACAGAAGAGGCCAAAUAUCUUCUGGUCUAGUUGUGCUGCUCACACAGUGGAUCUCAUGCUUGAAGGGAUUUCCAAGCUACCAGGAUAA